GGCAUGCUACAUAUUAUCUGAGCAGCCGCCAUACCAUAGACUAUAGUUAUAGCUAUAGGCUAUAACUGCUGACUUCAGUUCAUGCACACACACACAAAGACAUUCUAUACACUUGUGUGUCUGCUGUGUGCUUUCCAGCAUCCCAGUGGUGGGGCUCUGAACUGAGCGUCGAUCGUCGAGCGUACCGUUCCGUUCCGUAGCGUUGCGUUGCGUCGCGUCGCGUCGCGCGCAUCUUAAAACCAAAUCAACACCAUUUGAAGUGCCAGAGAUUGAGAUUGAGAUUGCGCUUCACAUAAGCGGUGCAGCGCAGUUUACGAGUGUCCAUCACCACUACAACACCGUGCAGCAAUGGAAGACUAUUGGGGUCUUAGCAGCACUACGGAUAUAAAUUGCACUCAGCCCGCCAUUGAUGACUUCCCCAGAGAUUUAUUCACGGAGGCGCAAAGACAGUCCGGUGCUGUUGUACUUCAUGUAAUAGCAAGUUUAUAUUUAUUUGUAGCAUUAGCAGUAGUAUGUGAUGAGUACUUUGUGCCAGCAGUUGAGAAAAUAUGUGCAGCACUCAAUAUGUCCAACGAUGUGGCGGGCGCCACAUUUAUGGCCGCCGCAACAUCAGCACCAGAGCUCUUUGUCAAUGUGAUAGGCACAUUCAUCACGGAGGGCGACAUUGGGGUUGGCACCAUUGUGGGCUCGGCCGUCUUCAACAUAUUAGCCGUGGCCGCCUGCUGUGGCAUUGGCGCUGGCAUGACCAUACCGCUUGAUUGGUGGCCACUAACGCGAGAUAGCAUUGCCUACGGGGUGACAGUGGCCAUUUUGAUUUGUGUGAUGCAUGACGAGCGUGUGGAGUGGUAUGAGGCGCUCAUAUUGGUAUCCCUGUACGCGGUCUAUUUGGCGGUUAUGUAUUUCGACAAGACGUUCCAGAAGUGCGCCAAAGGUGGCGUUAAACAAGCUCGCUCGCGAAGCCGCUCCUCCAACUGCAGCAUCCACACAAAGAACAGCAAUGAGAAGGAACCAGAAAUUGUCGAGAAUCGCAUUUGCCAGAACAUGGCAACAAUUCAACUAAAUGGGGGCCUCAAUAACGAUCAAGCCAAGGUUGCCACCACGAACGCCUCUAAUGCAGCCUCGAUAGGUGGCGCUGCGAUUCCCACAGCUCCACCUGGUGCCCUGCCGGUGCCGGUGGCGGCAAUUGUUGACAGCGCCGAGGCAGAGGCUCAACCAGUGGCCGUGGCCGAGGAACAGGAACAGGAGGGCUACUCGCUGCUUACCUAUCCGAAGGACAAGAGCUGCUUUGCACAGUUCACCUGGAUCAUCAUCUGGCCCAUCCAUCUGCUCUUCCGUAUUGCCAUACCCGAUUGCAAAAAGGCAAAAAAUAACAAAAUCUUUCCACUGACCUUCAUCAUGUGCAUUGUCUGGAUUGGCUCGUUGUCGUAUGUGGUAGCGUGGAUGAUCACCAUAAUUGGCGACACACUUAAAAUACCCGAUUCGGUAAUGGGCAUCACCUUCCUCGCCGCUGGCACCAGCGUGCCUGAGGCAGUCUCCAGCGUGAUUGUGGCCAAGCGCGGUCAUGGCUCAAUGGGCAUUUGCAAUUCAAUUGGCUCGAAUACCUUCGAUAUUCUACUGUGCCUGGGUGUUCCCUGGCUGAUCAAGGCCGUCUUCUUCCCAAUACAGCCGGGCCAGAACUAUGUGGCCAUCAAUUCCGCCGGCCUGGAAUACUCGGCCAUUACACUGCUCUCCACUCUGUUUCUACUUUAUCUGACGUUCUCCACGAAUAAGUUUAAGCUGGACAAGAAGGUGGGCACAGCGUGCCUGGUCAUGUAUUUGGUUUUCAUGGUGUUUGCCUCACUUAUCGAACUCAAUGUGUUCUUCCGCGUCAAUCUACCGACGUGCGGACGGUCAUGAGUGCGCUUGGGGCGCGAGGCACGCUCAGGUCGAGCAGAAACGAGUCUUCGGCGUGGAGUGCAGUCGUUUAAUUAAUUAAUACGUAUUUUCUGUUCUAUUCUAUCUACCUUGAUAGUUGAGUUACGUUAUGCUGUUAUUGUAAUAAUACUUUUUUUUUAUUAUUAUUAAAGUAGACAUUUUCAUGAAAUUUGAUCGCAGUCGCAGUGGUGAUGUGAAGAGAUGAAAAACCAA